AUGGCGGAAUUGGGGAGUGGAAAUAUGGAAAAUAACAGUUCCGAUGAUGCAGUUCCUGGACGAACAGAGCAGAUAUUAUGUCAACCAUGCUCCAGUAAGGAUAAACAAACAGUAGCUGAUGUGUUUUGCUCCAUUUGUGAUGAAUUUCAGUGCAUGGAUUGUUCAAACAUACACAAAACGUAUUCUUUCAUGAAAAAUCACAAAUUAGUGAACGCAAAAGAAUUGAAAGCAAAACCAGUCUCGUUUGAUAUGAAGGGACUAGAUCAAUGUCCUCAGCAUCAGAAAGUUUUAAAAUUCUUCUGUGAAGAUGAGAAUCAGCUUUGCUGCAGUACCUGUGCUAUUGUAGAUCACCGGAAAUGUCACAGUGUCGUAGAAAUUCAGAAGAUUGCCGGAAAGUCUGCAUUAGCAAAUUCCAAAUUAAAAGUCAAGUUGCAAGAAGUAAAAGAGAAGGCUGAAAAGAUCGUUAAACACGCCAAGUCAUCAAAAGAGCAAUUGGAUCAAGAUGUAAAAAAAGUGUCUUUAACAAUUAGGCGAAUGCGUGAUGAUGUUAUGAAAAUGUUUGACGAUUUGGAAGUUUCCGUUGCUAAGGAUGCUGAAUCUUUUAAGACAGAAACACUCAAUAAACUAACAAGGAAACAAUCAGACAGAGAGAAACUCGUUGCUGAUGCAACGAAAUCUCUUGAAACAAUUGAUAACGUUCAUAAGAACGGGACGCCAUCACAACAGUUUAUAUUGGAACAUAGAAUGAAGAAGCAAGUCGAUGAAUUUAGCAGCAACGUUGACAAGGAAUGUCAAAGGUUAGAGACUGUGACCGUUUCAUUUGAUUUUGAUGACACUAUAAAAUUGCCCCCAUUUCAGAUUUCUUAUUACGUUCCGGGACAGUUGACAUUAAAAUACUGCGAACCGGAAGAUGUGAAAUCUAUAAGACCUGUAGAUCCGAUUGUUAAGUUAACGAAGAUUACUUCCAUUGAUCUGAAGCAGACUGGAGAUGAUGUCAAGGAACCGUUAUACUCAGGACUGGAUUUCCUGCCGGAUGGUAGACUAGUUGCCGUGGAUAAUAAAAACAAGAAAUGUUUGAUUUACAAUGAGAAGCUUGAGAAAGUAGGAUCAUAUCAGUUAUCGUAUAUACCACAGAGUGUUGUUGCUGUAUCUGAGGAGGAAGUGGCGAUAACAAGUGCCAAUGAAUACAAGAUAGACUUUCUACGUGUCAGUAAAUCUAACGAGAUAACUUUGAUCAGGACAUGUAAAGUUAAGACAGAGUAUGCCUCUAUAUGUAUGAAAGAUGAGAGAAACUUUAUUGUUGGAACUUACGAUGAUACAAGACCUGUUCGUAUUGUGUCUCUGUCAGGAGAAGAGAAAGAUUUCAGUAUCAACUUUCCGAACAAGAAAUAUCCCAUAGGUACUAGUACAAGUACAUAUAUAAGGAACAGUGACAAAGUGGUUCUCACUGAUAAAAACGAGCAUACUGUCUACAUAUAUGACAUCAAGAGCAACACCAGAGUUGUUGUCAAGGAUGAUCAGACCAAGGCACCACGUGGUGUAGCAGUAGGUCCAUCCGACUGUAUCCUGGUUUGCAGUGAAAAUACAAAUUCCAUUGUACAGAUCUCUCAAACAGGUCGUGUCCUAUCAUCGUACAAGUUAGAUAUGAAAUAUCCACACAGUGUCUGUGUUUCAAAGGAUAAAUCAGUACUUGUUGUUUCAAAUUCCGCUGUAGAUCGAACAAGUUUAAAGACUUUCAAAAUUACAAAUUAA